AUGUCUCUGUCCACAGAGCAGUUCCAGGUUGUGGGCCCUGAACACCCCAUUGUGGCAGUGCUGGAUGAGGAUGCCAUACUGCCCUGCGCCCUAGUCCCAGCCAUGAAUGCUGAGAACAUGGAACUCAGGUGGUACCGCAGCACAUUCUCACAAGCAGUGUUCAUCUAUUGGAACCAACGGGAACAGACUGAGGAGCAGAUGGUUGAGUACAGAGGGCGGGCCUCACUGGUGAGCAACUUCCUCACCCAGGGGAAGGCUGCUGUUCACAUCCACAAUGUCCAGGUUUCUGACAAUGGAAUAUACACCUGCUUCUUCAGACAUGGAGGCUUCUAUCAGGAGGCUGAUUUGGAACUGAAGGUGGCAGGGAUGGGCUCUGACCCCCAAGUGCACAUAGAAGGGCCAGAAGAGGAUGGAGUGUGCGUGGUGUGCAAAGCCUCAGGAUGGUUCCCAAAAUGA